AUGAGUAGAACAUAUGUAAAAUGGAAAUAUAGUUUAAUAAUCAACCAAACAUAUCCAAAAUUUCACAUCAGAUUUUCAAGUAAAGAGACAGAUACUAUGUUUACUGAGCCAUCCAUGUGCAUCGAUAACCCCAUAGAUAACAUUCUCUCCCCCUCAACAUGGGAAAUUGUUGGUACGAGUCCAGAGCCUACAAUGAAUCGUUUGUUGGUUUUCCAUCUUCUUCCACAAAGAGCAUCGCGAAAGAGAAUGUUGAUGAUAAAUAAGGGUACAGGAUUACCGGAAUAUGUUGUGACAAAAGAUCAUCCAGAAGGGCCAAAAUGCGAUGAGAUGACGAUCAUAUUUUCUAGGCAGAAUUACAGCUUGCUGUUCACUCCAGUAUCUCAAAAAACCACCUCGACUUCAAAAGAUCCGACAGAUGUAACUACCUCUAUAAUAACAACCUCCUCCAACAGAGACAAUCAUCGACAAGAAACAACUAUGAUUUCUACAAGUAAACCCUCGUUCAAAGUUGGCCUUGGUGAUCACAUUCUUCAAGAUGGAAAGGUGAUACUUGCUAAGGGAUCUGUGGUUGCCAAAAAAGAGGAUCUUGAGUUGUACAAAGCCAGUUCUGCUGAUGCUUGUGAUGUUGAUUUUGUUGAGGGGAAUAUCGUUCUCCACUACACAAGUCAAGGGACCACAAAGGAUAAAGGGUGUACUGUGGAUCUUCUGACCGAUAGGAAGGACGAGAUUGUUUUCUGGAUUGGUGUGCACAAUCGAGGAGGGCUAUAUGAAUGUUUGAACGGGAGUGACAUCAAUUCAAAUGUACUGCCUUUUGCUUACAGUCUGACAAAUGGGGAAGUCAAGAAAUUUCACAACGGCCCGAUUUUUGCUGAUCAGUAUUGCCCUAGUUGUUUAGAGGGUUGUGUCAAAAAGACAGGUCUAGAAGUUAGUUGGGAAUAUGAUGAAGAUCAAGGCAGAGCUAAUGCUGUGCUUUAUAUAAAUCCAAUUGGUACGAAAUUGGUUUACUAUAUUCGUAAAGAAUGGAAUUUGAGCAGUACAGAAGUAUACUUUAAUCAAACAUACAUCAAUCAAAAAGCUCCUAAAUUCCUUAUCAAAGACUUAAUGAGACACAGAAAUUCUCAACCAUCUACUAUCUGCAUGAAUAACCCCAAAGAAAUCAUUCUCUCCCCCUCAACAUGGGAAAUUGUUGGGACCAGUCCAGAGCCGUCAAUGAAUCGUUUGUUGGUCUUCCAUCUUCUUCCACAAAAGGCAUCGCGAAGGAGAAUCAUGAAAAAUAUUCGUAAUGGAUUUCCGGAAUAUGUUGUGAGAAAAGAACACCCAGAUGGACCAAAAUGCGAUGAGAUGAGGAUCGUAUUUGUAAGCGAUAAAUUUAUUUUUAUUCCAUUGAUGAAAUAUUCUCUUCAGUCUAGAGAUAACUACAAAUUAUUGACUACAACAUCUUUUAUCACUUCAACGCCGAAACCAACUCAGGGUCCAACUAAUAAAGAAGAAACAUCUACAACAUCACCUCCUACUAGCAAAAAUGAUAGAACAAUCUCAACAUCUAAGAAGACAACUAAAACUUUAACUAAAACUUUGACAUCUACAUCCUCUAGAACAACAACAAUUACAAAAGCUACAACAAAAAUAACUACUACUACCACCACCAAAGGCUCUUCAUUCUUUCUGUUUUUUGUUGUGAUUAUCGUUAUUCUGGCUGUUAUUGGGAUUGGAAUUGCAAUCUACUUCUUCGUCAUUAGGGAGGAGGAUGAUGAGGAAGACAAUGAGGAAGGUGAUGGGACUAAGGGAGAUGUCACAGGAGAGGAUCAAGAGAAGGAAGAUAUCAAAGGAGAAGAUAAUAAUGCCAGCGGAGAAGCACAAAAAAUUGAAGAUGAAGAAGUAAAAGAAGAGAAGGAUGAUGUCAAAGGAGAUGAUCAAAAAAAGGAACAUGUCACAGGAGAAGAGCAAAAGAAGGAUGAAGCCGUUGAAGACGAUAAUAAAGCAAAAGAGAAGAUAGAGACGACUGCAAAGACUGUUGAGGAUUCUGCAUCAAUAAAUAAAGGCGAAACCAAAGAAGAACAGGCGAGUGCUUAA